CUUUGUUGUGACUUAUGCUUGUUGAUAUGAGGUUAUGUUUUACGAAUUCUAGUAUACAUCGCGAAUAUUCGAAAGAAGGGAUUGUUUGAAGUUUCAAUAACUCUGCUAAAAAACUGUUCUUUUCAAUUAUUUUGUAUUAUUUAACCUCGAGUAAUAUUCUGGGGCUAGUUUAUUUUUUAAGUUGAUGAAAUUUGUUUUAUGCUUGUUUACUAAGUUUAUAGACUUCUAGUUGCUUGUAAGGUUACCAGAACUCCUACCUGCCAUUCACUUUAUUGUUUUGACAAAAUACUCUAACUUAGCAAUAAUUCUAAAGAAUACACUUGUUUUUCCUUACCUGUGAGGUAAAACUACCAUCUAAAGAUGUUUGGUAUUAUAGUUUCUGGGAGGCCGGUUCAGACAGAAUUUCAUCAAAUAAAUGAAAGACAAUGUGUUUCUACCAUCGCAGAUGCUGAUAAUAUUAACCAUAUUGUUGUUUUUUUGACUGGAAGUAUCCCAUUUCCUGAAGGGACUGCUGGCCAAGUAUUCUUCAGUUGGCCUGAUCCAAACGCUCCGCCAAAUUGGCAACUGCUGGGCUAUAUUUCCAAUGAAAAACCAUCAGCUAUCUAUAAGGUAUCGAACUUGAAGAAAUUAGAUGAAAUGGGAGAUUACUCAAACAUGAUGUUUGGGCAAUCUCAUAUUGUACAUAAUGCUCAAAUUGGAAUAAGUAUAGAGCCAAUAUCAAACAUUCAAGAGGUACCUUCUCCAGAAGGUACAGAGGUUCAAGUGAGUUUUGCCCAAAAAAUGCUAAAAAGUUUUAUGGACUACGUCUUGUCAUAUACUAUAACUCAAACAAAUAUGGUACCCGACCCCACUGCUAUUUACGUUCCCUUAGCGACUGUUCAGAACUGGUAUACUAACUUUGAACGGAGGCUAGCCUUACAUCCUAAUUUCUGGAAAUCAUAGACUGCACAAUAUUUAAUAUCUGCUUAUUAUGGCUUAUUAUGAAUAAGAACUCCUGCUUGUGUAUCUUGAAUUCGAGUCAGAUAAGUUCAAAUUUGUAAAUAUAAUAAACCUGAGUUUUAAUUAUU